GCUGUGCUGCUGCUGCUGUGCUCACUCACGCCUGCAGAUGACACUUGAGUAGACUGGAUUACUGUCAGUUGUCCACUUACUUCAUCAGCCUGGUCCCUGGAGUAUGGUCAGUGAGGAGUCCUGAGGGACCCCACACUCCCUCUGUCGUGGAACAGCAAAGAAAAAACAAACAAACAUGAGGGAAGCACAAGGAGGAGUAGUAGUAGGAGUAGGAGGAGGUGGCGGCGGAGGCGGCAAAAGCCAUAAAUCAGAGAAGGACCAGAGCUGGAUCCCCAAGAUCAUCAAGAAGAGAGUCUGCAGCACCUUUGUUGAGGAUUCUCUCAGUAACGGCUCACUGUGCCAGUGUGGCGGGGUGAGAGAUGCACAUGCCUCUGUGGCUCUCAGCGACUAUUUCAGCACGGCCAUCAUUAACCACUGGGACAGCGCCCAGCACUCUUCUGAGUACCCGACUGAUGCCUUUGGAGAGCUGCAGUUUGCUGGAGCCAGCAAGAGGCACAGCUAUUUCCUGCGUUUGUCGUGGGACACCCCUCCGUCCAUGGUGUACACUCUGAUGACAGCCCACUGGGGCCUGCCUGCACCCAAUCUGGUGGUUUCUGUCGUGGGUGGAGAAGGAAGGACAAAGGUGAAGACAUGGGUCCGGGAGGUCCUCAGACAGGGGCUGGUCAAAGCCUCACAAAGCACAGGUGCGUGGAUUUUGACAGCAGGCCUGCGUGAAGGUGUGGGGAGAUGUGUCGGAGAGGCAGUGAGGGAUCACGCCACUGCAGCCGCGUCCAUCUCUGUCAGCAAGGUGGUGGCGCUGGGAAUUGCUCCCUGGGGCCUGGUGCACAACCGACAGCAGCUGGUCAACCCUCAGGGCAGCUUUCCUGCCAAAUACUACGUCAACAAUACAACUCGAGACUCCUGCUGCCUGGACAACAACUACCAAGCCUUUCUGCUGGUGGACGAUGGGAGUGUGGGACGCAGAGGAGGGGACAUGGGCUUCAGAGCCAAACUGGAGGACUACAUCUCGCACCAACGCACAGGCAUCUGGGGUAGUGGCAGCAUUGACAUCCCUGUCCUCUGUAUGCUGGUUUCUGGGGAGGCGAGCAUGCUGGAGAGAGUGGAUCUCUCUCUGAAGAACUCCAUGCCCUGGCUGGUGCUGGCCGGCUCAGGAGGCAUGGCUGACUUCCUGAGUGAUGUCUUGGAGAACCUGUCGUCGUUGCCUGUGGUCCAGUCCUCCAAUGAGGGGGAUGUGGAAGCGGCGCCCAGUUUGGAUUUGAAAGACAGAGUGGCAGAGCGGGUUAAAAGGCAUUUCCCUUCUGAAGUGGAGACAGACAAACUAGUUGAACGAGUGCUGAGUAUUUACCAGAACAGAGAUCUGAUCACGAUCUACCAUGGAGAACAGGAGGCACCAAAUGAGUUUGAUACAGUUCUGCUGAAAGCAUUAGUUGGAGCUAGUAAGAACCGCGUAUCAGUCGAUGCAAGCCCUUACAACGAGGAGCUGAAGCUGGCGGUCACAUGGAACAGGGUGGACAUUGCCAAGAGUGAACUCUUUAAUGGAGACAUACACUGGAGGUAUGAAGACUUGGAGGACUCGAUGACCGAUGCCCUGAUCAACGACAAACCUCAGUUUGUGCGUCUGUUCACUGAGAAUGGCCUCAACAUCCUGGACUACCUGACCUAUGGCAGGCUGGAGAGCCUCUACCGCUCUGUGGCUGAUGGCACGCUUCUUUACCAGCUGCUACAGCGUCACCUCAUGGAGCGUCUUGGAACUGCAGCACCUGUCUCCACACUAACUAACCAGCAAGGCUCGUCUUCCAAAGUGGCAGCAGAGAAGAUGCAGAGUGGGCCAGUGAUGGAGAUCACUCUUUUUGAGGUGUCAAGGGUGCUGGAACUGUUGAUGGGUGACGUGUGCCAGCCGUUCUACUUUGAUGCUUUGGGCAUGGAACAGAUCACAUCCAAGAGGAGAGCUCUAAGGCGGGUCAGUAAGCUGCUGCGUGGAGACUGCUUGUAUCGGGAGAAGCGCUGCCUCUUCCCCUGGGCCUCACUCUUCAUCUGGGCUGUCCUACAGAACCGCAGCGAGAUGGCCACUUUCUUUUGGGAGAUGGCAGGAGAGUCUGUGCUGAGUGCUUUGAGUGGCUGUAAGAUCCUCAGAGAACUGUCAAAGAUGGAGACUGAAACUGAGACCAAAGUCGCCAUGAAAGAUCUAGCGCAGACCUUUGAGAACUUGGCACAUGAUCUGUUCAGUUCUUGCUAUCGGAGCAAUGAGAGUCGCUCUUUCACCCUGCUGAUCAGGAAGUCUCCAGUAUGGGGGGGAACAACCUGUAUGCAGAUGGGCAUGGGUGCCGACGCACGACUUUUCUUCAGUAAUGACGGCGUACAGUCUCUGUUGUCUCAGAUCUGGUGGGGUGAUAUGAAGAGGAACACAGAGGUGUGGAAGCUCCUGCUCACCUUCUUCUGCCCCAUAAUCUGCUACACCAACUUAAUCUCUUUCAGGAAACACGAGGACCAGCAGCAGGAGGAGGAGGGGAAGUCUAAUGAGGACGGACCGGGCCGAGACAGCGACAGCCUCUAUGGCACCACCAUCUUCUCUUUCUCUGACAUCAAGCACAUUGAAGCAGACUCACAAGAAGCAAACAGUCCAAGGUCAGCUCACAUCAAAGGCGUCAGUCACAGACCACCGAAGCGCCCGUUCAUAGUGUCAAGAUGGCGCCAGUUUUGGUUUGCACCCGUCACCUCAUUUUUAGGCAACGUCCUGAUGUACUUCCUCUUCCUCCUGCUCUUCGCGUACGUGCUGUUGGUGGACUUCAAGCCUCCUCCGCCCGCGGGUCCGGCCAUCACUGAGUAUGUGCUGUACUUCUGGGUGUUCACCAUCGUGUGUGAGGAGAUCCGGGAGACGUUCUUUUUGGGAACUAUGACGUGGCGUCAGAGGAUCAGGGUGUACAUACAGGACGUGUGGAACAAGUGUGACCUCACUGCCAUCAUUCUGUUCAUCAUUGGACUAAUCUGCAGGAUGUUCCACUGGUCGUAUGGCUUUGGCCGGGACGUCCUGUGUGUGGACUACAUGGUCUUCACCCUCCGCCUCAUUCACAUCUUUGCCAUUCACAAACAGCUUGGACCCAAAAUCAUCAUUGUUGGCAAGAUGAUGAAGGAUGUUUUCUUCUUCCUCUUCUUCCUCGGGGUGUGGCUCAUGGCAUACGGAGUAGCCAACCAAGCUCUGAUUUACUCCUACGACCCUCGUCCAGAUCGCAUCUUCCGUCGGGUUUUCUACAGGCCGUACUUGCACAUUUUUGGACAGAUUCCUGUGGAAGAAAUGGAUGUGGGGAAGGCCUGGGACAUGCCCUGCACAGACAAUGUCACACUGAUUCAAGGGGGUGCAGAGCCAUGCAGGACUAUGUACAGUAACUGGCUGGUGGUGAUUCUACUGGUCGUCUAUCUGUUGGUCACUAACAUCCUGCUCAUCAACCUGCUCAUUGCUAUGUUCAGCUACACUUUCUCUGAAGUGCAGGCGAACAGCGACAUCUAUUGGAAAUUCCAGCGCUACAACCUGAUAGUUCAGUAUCACUCUCGUCCCUCCCUUGCCCCUCCUUUCAUCAUCCUCUCUCACCUCAAUCUCUUUAUCAAGAGGACCAUCCGCAAAGUGCCCUCCAUCAAGAUCCACCAUUUUGUAUUGCAGUUAAAAGGAAAAGCAGCAAACAGGCUAAUGACAUGGGAGACCAUUCAGAAGGAAGAUUUCUUGACUGCACAGACCAAGAUCCAAAAAAGCAGUGACUCAGAGAGGCUCAAACGGAUGUCUGCCAAAGUCGAUGGAGUGCUGAAGCAUGUGACUGAAAACAGAGACUUUGAUCACAGACUAAGAGCUCUGGAGAAUGAGAUGGAGUACUGCUCGAAUGCUCUAAGCUGGAUUGUGGAUACAUUGGCACAGAGCAGCACGUUCAAACCUCCCCGGCCUCCACCUGCAGUAAGAGAUGUCUUCCCUUCCUCUUCCACUUCCACCACCUGAUCUAACCUCCAUGGUGCCUUCACUUGUUCGGGGUCAGUAGGAGACGAGGGCUUUUAUGACGAAUCAACACUGGACUCUUUUUAACUUAAGAUUCUUAAGAAAGUUACCUUCACGUUACAGUCAAAUGUGCAAUUGUAUCUUUUUUUUUCUAUUGCCAAAGACAUGUAUUUAUAACGUGCUAUGAUGUUUUUUAAAGUAUUUAAUUGGCUGACACUAUGUCUCUCUUUGCUGUUGUAGUUUCAAACUGACAGCUAUGUUUUAUAGUGUUUUUAUUGAGAUAUAUGUGAGAUGUAUACAGUAUAUAUAUCUCACAUAUAGAUAUAUAUACAUAUGCAUAUGUAUAUGUUAUAUUGAAUCAAUGAUAUUGUUUAUUGGGGUUACAUUUGGUGCACACUGUAUUCCUUUUGUCUUCCAAUCGUACAGAUGAAUGGAGAAAGAAGUUUUCCUCCAGAGCUGCUCAACUUUACACUUUGUUGAAAAGAGAAAAGGCAGAUUUCUCCAUUUAUUAUCAGGAUGUAUUUGCAUUGUUACUUUUUUUUUAUUCUGUACAAUAAAUUCGAUCUAAGGUA